CUCCGAGCUGCGCCUCUCCGCUCUCCUCAGCUUCCUUAGGAUUUUGUUUCUCAGGGAUGGCCGCAUCUAUUCUGGAGGAAGACGCACGCUAUGGCUCCAGUCCUCUGGCUAUGUUAACCGCUACCUGUAACAAGUUUGGCAGCACCAGCCCCGUCAGGGAUUCUGCAACACCCGGUAAGACCGGCAGCACCACUCCAGUGAAGAAGCCCUACACAAUGACCUCUGACCUUCACACAGCUAAAAACGGGCGCAGCACAGACGGCACUGGCCUGGCGGACUCCUACACUGGCUCCUUCACCACAGCCGGAGGUGGAGGAGGAGGCGGCGGGCUGCUUACUCCCACUGGAAGCCCCCCUCCUUCGGCCGGAGGCUACACUACAGAGUAUAACCCUUUCUCCCACUCCUUCCAGACCUCUGUCUCCCAGGAUCCGUCUCUUUUAGUGUCUAAGACCCACGCCACAGCUGACUGUCUCACCAGUGUGUACACCUCGCUGGAUAUGACACACCCCUACGGCUCCUGGUAUAAGGCCGGCAUCCACCCGGGUAUAACUGCUGCUCCAGCUAAUGCCACAUCCUCAUGGUGGGACGUCCAUCCCAACUCCAACUGGCUGUCUGCGUCGCAGCCCCAGGCCGACGGAGGUCUCCAGGCCUCCCUGCAGCCCGUGGCGCCGCAGGCGUCCCUCAGCCCGCAGCUGCCCAGUUACAGCACCGACUUCACCCCCCUCAACCCGGCUCCUUACCCCUCCGUGGGACUGGGCUCCUCCUCGCACCUCCUCCAGCCUUCCCAGCACAUGCUGCCCCAGGACAUGUACAAGCCCAAGCCCGUGCCGAGCGCGGGGCUGAUCGAGAGUCCCAUGGGCCUGAAGCCCGCCCGGGGAUCAGGGGGGUACAGCGGAGGAGGCACGCCCACCAGGUCCUCGUGUGACUGCCCCAACUGUCAGGAGCUGGAGAGGCUGGGCGCCUCGGCCGCGUCUCUGAGGAAGAAGCCCGUGCACAGCUGCCACAUCCCGGGCUGCGGCAAAGUCUACGGCAAGGCGUCCCACCUGAAGGCCCACCUCCGCUGGCACACCGGCGAGCGGCCCUUCGUCUGCAACUGGCUGUUCUGCGGGAAGCGCUUCACCCGCUCGGACGAGCUGGAGAGACACGUGCGCACGCACACGCGGGAGAAGAAGUUCACCUGUCUACUGUGCAACAAGCGCUUCACGCGCAGCGACCACCUCUCCAAGCACCAGAAGACCCACGCAGACUCCGCCAUGCAGGGCAAAGCCGGGGCCGCGGAGGGAGACGCAGACCCCCGGAGCGAAGAGACCGCGGAGCUCAACUCCAGCGCCGUGCCCAGCAACACUGUAGCCGAGCAGAUCACCAACGGAGACGAGAAGACUGGCACACCUAACGGAGUGGAGAACAGCAGCGGACUCCUGGAGAUCUGACUUCACUAAUCUUUCAGUUCGGUUCUGAUCGAGUGGCAUCAUGGGUUUAUUUCAAAAGCGAAAAGAAAUGUUUUAAAACGGUAGAAGUUUGUUUUGAGACAAAGGCUAUCAGACAGUGU